AUUGUCCGAGGACCAAUCAGGAGGCGAGGGAGGAGCCCCACUCACUAAUCUGCCCCCCCCGCCCGCGUACCUCUUUCAAUGCAAAGCUCCGCGGCGGUGGGGCAGCGGAGAGGUUAGGCGGCGCAGUAGCCGCAAGAAGUGGCGCGCCUGUGUGGACGGGGUUUUUCCGCCUGCUUCUAUUUCUUGCCUCCCUCCUCCAGCCACAUUCCAAGCCUUCCUCCCGCCGCUUCCCCUCCUCCCCCCCCCGCGAAGGAGGCGGUGCCUGCUGCCAGCUCUCUUCUUGCUGGAGCCCUCCCGUUCCUUUCUGAUGAUUGUUCCAUUGAAGGAAUGCUCUUGCGUUCCCAUCACCUCUUGCCGUGAAAUUUAAAUGCCGCUUGCAAAAGGACUGACGUUAUCCGGAGAGCUGCCUCGGAAUUAAGAAGGGGGAGAAAGAAGAAAGGACCCGCUCUCAUUCGUUGGAAACCGCCGGGGCAUGGAUGCUGGCACAAGUGGAACGAAUAAAAUGCAAGCAGGUUGAUCCGUGAGCUAACAACUUCCCCGCUUGCUGUGGCUUUAUUAACCUUGGGUAUGAGAGUUGCUGGGAGGAGAAUAGGUUGUCCAGAAAUGAGUGGAUUUACUGUUCUUCCUUGUCCUGCCUGCCCUGAAGAAUUAUAGGUGGUUUUUAAAAAUAAAUAAAUAAUUUUUUAUAGAAGCCUUCCAAGAUGUUGCAAUAAACCUUAGACCUAAAGGAUUAUUUUUUAAGAGCAGGGAUUAAAAAAACAACAACAACCAACUCCGAAUAUUGAUAUGGCAAAAAAUUCUGUGGAAGGGUCGAAGGAAGACCUGAGCAAAAUGACAGAAGACGACAUGAUGAGGUGCAGCAAGGAAGAUCUGGUGAAGAGGCUGAAGAAAGUAGAGAACGAAAAGAUGAACUUGAUGGUGGAACAUGGCAACUUGAUGAAGGAUGUGAACAGGAGGUUGCAAGUCCACCUGCAUGAGAUCAGGGGUCUGAAGGAGGUGAACCAGAAGCUGCAGGACGAUAACCAUGAACUGAGGGAGCUUUGCUGCUUCUUGGAUGAUGACAGGCAGAAGGGCAAAAAACUGUCCAGGGAAUGGCAGAGGUUUGGAAGGCACACGGCUGGCGUGAUGUGGAAGGAAGUGGGGACGUACCAGCAGAAGCUGAAGGAGCUGGAGGCAAAGCAGGAGUCCCUCAUGAGGGAGAAUGUGGAGCUGAAGGAGAUCGUCCUGAUGCUGGAUGAAGAGAGGAACGGAGCAGGCUCCAGGAGCUCCAUAGACAGCCAGGCCAGCCUCACCAACCUCAAUGGAGGCUCUGGAACCAGAGAUGUCGGGGAUGGGAGUAGUACCUCCAGCACUGGCAGUGCGGGGAGUCCAGACCAUCAUCACCAUCACCUUCACCAUCAUAAGCCGGCCGAGAACAAGGCUGGAGCUAUCAGGAGGUCCAUGGAUGACUUAUCUGCACCACUUCACCACCGGAGCAUCCCCAGUGGUCUCAAUGAUUCAUCCUCCAACUACAUCAGACAACUUGAAACAAAAGUCAAACUGCUAGAGGACGAUAAUAAACUUCUUUCUCAGCUGGCUGGUCACAACAGCUCACCAAGAAAUUUCAUUAAGCAAUCAAGCUCUGGGGAUCUGAGGACUCUGAGGAAAGGGUUGUCCCCAUACCACUCUGAAUCACAGCUGUCGUCACUGCCACAGUAUCAAGAUGCCAUGCAAAAUGGCCCAACUCGUAUAACUCCUGAUCUGGCUUCCUCUCCUGGGGUAGGAUAUGUGCCCAUAAGCCAGAAGCCUGAAGCAGUGGUGCAUGCUAUGAAGGUUCUUGAGGUCCAUGAGAAUUUGGACAGGCAAAUACAAGAAAACUAUGAAGAAGACCUGAGUGAAAAGGAGAAAGCAAUUGUUCGUGAAAUGUGCAAUGUGGUCUGGCGAAAACUCGGUGACGCAGCCAGCUCCAAACCCUCAAUCAGGCAACACCUUUCGGGAAACCAGUUCAAGGGGCCGUUAUAAGUACCUCACGCUGCAAUACUGGGAGUGAAGAGAAGAGGAGAAACAGAGACUUCUCUGCUUCUAGCUGCCAGGGUUAUAUUUUAUUUUAUUUCUUCCUGUAACUGUUUAUAGUGUAAAUAAGGCAGCUAAAAGCCUAGCCUGUAGGCUGUGCUGAUCCAGAACAAUGUUAAAUGGGUUAAUCGCAAUCCUCUGAUGGCCAACUUGUGUCAUUUGUAUCGUAGUGAAAACCUGCUUUGUUGUAUGGUCAUAUGUAGAAAUACCUGAACCCAAGUGAAUCUCCAGGAGAAGCGGGGGAAACAAGGAACCCUGACCUUUGGAGCAGUUACACUUUUUUUCCCCUUUUCCCUUUUGGCUUUGGGCUGUUAAAGAAUUACAAGGCAGUAUUUCCUCAGAACGUGAAACUAGCAGGUCACGGAGCUCCUCCCCGCCACCCCGACCCCUCCAAGUUGCCUCUAAUAGCCAUUUCUCUAGAGAACCGCUAAAAUCUAUCAAGAAACAUUUGGCUGGUCGUCAAAAAGCUUUCUGGAGGCCAGAACGAUCUCUGCAUGCCUUGUGACUCACAAGCUGAAGUUAGCCCUCCAGGUUAGCAUUUUGACUGUUCAGGAAGGUCAGUAAACUUCUUGUUUUUGCUUUUAAUACAUGAGCCAGCUGAAGUGGUCGGUAUCAUCUGAGGGGACACAUACUCACUGAGGUUCUCUGCACGAGCAGUGUAGCGAUCCAAGGAGGGUUUGGCGGGGUGAGUGGGCUUAGCCCGCACACGAACACUCCGCCCUCUGCCAAUCCGGCCGCCUGCACAAUUACUGGCUCCGUCACGGAACCAGUAGGGGCGGCGGGGAUCGGGGGCCACGUGGUCCCCGAAAGUCCCAGCAUGGGGGGUCCCCAGAAGUCCCAGCAGCCCCAUUCUGGGGGGACCCCUGACACUGGGAGGCUUGUUGUAGCCUUCCGGUUGUUGGUCUACUCCUCUGAGCUGUAGUGGCACACGAUCACAAAAAACAGGGUUAGCGGAGCGCUCGCUCUGCUAACUUCGUUUUAGGGGAGGGGUGUUUAGGCGGGCUAGCCACCGCCAAACUACCGGGCUCACCCACGAGCCCGGUGGUUCUCAUGACUGCUGGAAAGCAGGCUGGACUCCCUUAGCCCGCUUCCCAGCAGUCGUGAGAACAGCCUCACUGAGAUUUUCGACAAGGUCCACAGCCCUAGAGAUGGAGAACAGGUGAUAGCUUUGCAGUUUUUUUCAGCUUUCAGUGCGUUACCGCACUCUUAUUGACCUGACCAUUGGGCUUGCAUUGUCCAAAUUUGCUGUGGUGUUGUCAAAGGCUUUAAAAUCUUAAAACAAAACAAAACACAAAAAACCACUAUAAAGUUUUAUUGAUGUUGUCAGAGGAAGGGAAAUGAAAAUUGGCAGGAGUGCCCUGCCACGAUUUCUCCAUGGAAAAAGCACAACCAUUUGUUCAUUGUUACCCUAAAGCGGAUCCUAAGUCUACCCUAAGCCUUUUCUCUGUGCAAAAAUGACUUGCAAUUUUACCCUCAUCAUUUAAGGGUAGGGAUAAAGAAAGGGUGGGGACACAGAGAAAGCUAUAAGUGCAACCGUAUUAUUUUCUGUUUUCCAUCUCUAGGGUGAUAGACUGUGCCAAAAAUCACUCUGGGCAUUCGUCCGAUGGCAAACGUGGGCCUGUCUCACGGACUGUCUCUUCCUGUGGAAACAAGGAGAUAGUCAUGGAGUUGGCUAGUGGGCUGCCUUUGGCUUGGUGGGUCACAACUUAUGCUGGUCCAGCUGCUGCUCAUGAGUUCUGGCUACAUGGUGGCUGCUGGCGAUGCAAGAGCACAGUGGUGUCUGUCUUGCUGCGAGUGAGCCGCUUGUGUGAAAAAGGCACCACGUGCAUCAUCUGACUCUUUUUCAUGCUACUGCCCUGAAAAUGCUGCAGCUUCCAAACACGUGCAAAACUGGGGAAAAAGAGAGAUGGGCAACUUUUAUACAUUAUGGUUAGUGGAAUUGGGUAACCAGAUGCAAAGAACUGAGCUCCUUUGUCUUAAAUUGUCGUGUAGAAGACAGAAUGGCAAUAAGUGCACCUCCCCACACCUGUGUGACUAGGUGCACCUGCCAACAUUCACACCUGCGUCACUCUUAAAGGUACAGGCACCCUGACUCCAUUUGCAUCCUCCUCCAGGUACAGACAUGGGUGUACUUAUCUAUUUUGUUUCCUUCUUUAGGGGUUAAUUCUGUGCUGAAAAUGUACUACAGGUGGCCCUCGUUAUUCAUGGGGCUUCCAUUCCCACCAAUUAGCGCAAAUACAGAAACCACAAAUAACAAAACCUUAACUAUAUGGGAUUUGAGGGGGUUAGGUUCCAAUGGGGGCAGAACCUAAAAAUGCCUAAAAGGUGGGAUGGGGGGGAGAAAUAAGAGUAGAACUGCACAAUACCUUGCUCUUUAGGGCUGCAGGGCUCCAGAAAUGCCCCCGAAACACCCCAAAUCAGCCAUUUUUGGUGGGAAAAAUGCUCAUUUUUUUAAAAAGAAAGAGCCUCAAAAUGGUGCUGGUCUCUAAAAUGCUGGCCGGGAGUGACACCGGAAGUCAUUUCUGGCUACUCCGCAACCGCAAACAGGUGAAUUUUAGCCUAUUUUCACAGCACAGAUAAAGAAACCGGGUCUCUAGGACCCAUCCGCAGAUACGCAAAACCACAGCUGCCAGAACUGUGGGUGACAGGGGUUCUUUGUAUGUGUAAAGACACCCCCUCCGUGUCCCUUAUUGCCUACCUCCUAUAGUAUUAAAAAGAAAAGUUCAUCCCUUUAGUCCUUCCUAGCUCAGUCUUUGAAUAUUCUUAUUGAAAUAAUGCAGCCCAGUGAAUGGUUUGAAAAGGUAAGGAGCAGAGCAGCCAUUCAAGCCGCACAGAGAAGAGGCUGUCUUCAGAAUGCUGCUGCCAAUCAAGCACUUGACCAAAUCAAGUGUUAGUGCUCUAUAGGACACAGCAGAGCAUGCUGGGAAAUUCAGCCCUUCCCAGGGCUUUCCUGCUGUACAGGAUACUAGGGAGCUGCUUUUCUGCAGCCUCCCCUCCCACUCCAAAGACUUGAAUCUCCUUGCCCCGAUGAGUGUCCUCUCCAGGCAUUCAUAAGGGGCCCACAGAACUGACUCUCCAGCCCCACUUACGUAAAAUCCUUUUUACAAGGGAGCCUAUCAGCUUAAUGCUUGCUCUUCGGAGAUUUGCAUUGAUGUUUUGUCCUCACUUUUGAAGCUAUAACCUUUUCGGCUGAGGUUGCCUGGCCUGCGUCGAAUUUUGAUCAUAGUUGCUGCUGGGCUACUGGUCUUCACUCAUUUUCAGCCGGAGGCCACUCUGGCAGAAAGCCUCCAAUGUGAGAGCCAUUCCCCACUGCCAUUCCUCUCAGUGCUGGGCGGCGGUGGGGGACCUUUUAAGAGAGAUAGAGCCCCUCUCUAAAGGAAGGCACUGGGAAGGGCUGCAUUUCCCAGCAUGCUGUGCGCCCCUUCCAAGGUCCAGGGGCUCAAGAGGGCUCCGUUUCCCUUCAAGGAGUCCCACCCACCCACUCACCACCACCACCACCACCACCCCCGGUGCAGGGCAAAGCAGAACACUGUGCGUUGGGGGCGAUCAUUUCCACGGGGUGCUGGGGAGACUGUGCAGAGUAUUCCGCUUUGACUGGCGCUUUGCACAGGCCUAAUAAACAACGAGGGAGCCACACUUGGGGUUGACGGGGGCCAUCACUGGCCCCUGGGCCUUGCAAUGAAAGUCGCUGCACUGCACUAGAUGAUCCAGUAAACUGGACCUCUUUUCGACUGGAUGCCCUUGUGUGGUGGUAUAUUCAGGACUUCUGUAUAGACCUGCAACCAAUAGAUAACUAGAGAAGUUGAAUCAAAAGCUAUUCAAUGCCAGUCUCUGUUGUACCGGCCACCCUUCGUCUGCUUCCCCUCCCCCGUCUCACCGUCCUCCUUGCCUUUACAAGCCUAUCCCAUACUCAGAUAUUGAGCCCAUUUAGCUGCUACAGCUAUUAUUAUUCUUGACAUGUAGUUGGGUGUGGCUUUCUGGCAUCUCCCAGACUGCGUGAUUACAAACAUGUCUUCCUUUUAUGGUAACCAAUGCAGCAGCCCCCGGUAGAGUCAUGCCAAACAAAACAACCAUGUGGAGCGGGGCUGCACCAUUUCAGCCCUCCAGCUGGGGUUGGACUACAACUCCCAUCAUCCCCAUCCACAGUGGCCAAUGGCCAGGAAUGGUGGGAGCUGUACUCCAGCAACAGCUUCGCAACCCUGAUGUAAAAUGUGAACCAAUCCCAAGUCUCUUUCUGCCCCAGUCUGACCCUCCAUCCUGUACAUAAAUAUCUCAUUGCAACAAAUACAAGAUUCUGAGGACAUUCAUACAAUCUGCUAACUGGGCAAAGAGGCACCUUUUACCAUGGUGAUUCUCUUUAUUUAGCAGGGGGAGAGUAACUGGCCCUAUCCACCCCCAGCACAGUACCUCCAGUGACUGUUGCUGGUGUCUAUCUUGUGUUUCUUUUUAGAUUCUGAGCCCUUUGGGGACAAGGAUCCAUCUUAUUUAUUUAUUAUUUCUCUAUGUAAACCACCCUGAGCCAUUUUUGGAAGGGCGGUAUAGAAAUUGAAUUAAGAAGAAGAAGAAGAAGAAGAAGCCCCACAACCAUGCCAAGGUAGUGCCUUAAUAAAUCCCCCCAGUGAGGCACUACCUUGGCGUGGUUGUGGGGCUUGCGUGCUCUGAGGAAGGUGAGGGCUAUGCCAGAGGUCCAACCAUACUGGACAGGACUCACCAGAGGAGCCAGACAAAGAGUGCCUCUCCCAUCAACAAUAUGGUGAGACGUAACUUUAAUAAAUCUAUACCAGAUCGGUCGUCGCCCAGGUCAACAAGGACCGCGCCAAGUGCUGGAGUCCCUGGACAUCUGGUGGCAAGUGGGCAACAGGACUCAGGAUCUUCAGUUGAGCAACCAGGGCUGGAGAUUGCAAGGUUACUGGAAGAAACGUCGCUUAACCGAAAAAAAUAUACGAAAAAUGCCAACAAGGAAAUAAUGAUCUGCUAUUACAAGUCUAGUCCAACUAGAAGAGGUUAUUUAAAAAGAAUGUACCAGAUUUGGAAAGAGAAGCAUCCAGAUACAGAAAUAACAGAACAAAGGCUAGCAGACCAGAGAAGAUUCAUAAUAAGAAAUAAACUAUUUACAGGAGUAGAGCUGGAAGAACUGCAAAGAGCAACACAGGCUCAAGAUAUGGAAGAAGAAUUACCACCAACUAAAGAAGUUGCUCAGGCGCAGGUGGAGGAGGUGUUGGAAAUCGAGGAUGCCACUGUUGCUGAACUGUUUCAAAAUCAAAACCAGGCAACCACCCCUUUGCCUUCACCUCAAAAACCCGAAUGCCGUUUAACAGAAAAGCAACAAGAACUAAAGCAAAAAAUAACUGAGCACAUGAACCAAACAACCACCAGGGUUCGACUUCCAGCUCUAAAAACAGUUGCCAAAAAACAACUUACUCAGGCAUUAAAAGAUGUCAAUGCUGCACUUGCAGAAAUAACAACCAAUAAUUUGCAAGAAACAAACCAACUAAUGUACAGGGCAGCAGCAAUAACAACACAAGAGCUUGGAUAUAAGAUCAGUGGACCUGUAAAAAAAUAAAGCAGUACAUCACCUAAAUGGAAGAUUAGAUUAGAAAAUAAAAUCUCCAGGCUUAGAUCAGAUGCUAGUAAAUUGAAGAAGCUGAAGAAUGAAAACACCAAACAGUAUCUGAUCCAAAAAUACCACCUAGAUUCAAGGAAAAUUAGAGAAGUCCUGGAAAUAAUAAAGCAGCAAAUAACAGCAGUGUCAAAGAAGAUUCGCAGAUACGAAGGCAGAAUCUCCAAUUCCAGUCGAAUCAGAGAUGUUUCUACCAAAGCACAGAAGAAGAAACCGCAAGAAACAUAGAAACACCAAAUAAAGAAGAAAUAGUGCAAUUCUGGGGGAAAUUAUGGGACAAUCCAGUAGAUUAUAAUAAAAAAGCAGGCUGGAUGAAAGAGGUCGAAAAAUGUAACCAACAAAUGCAAGAUCUAAUAAUAACACCAGAAUAAAUAAGUGAAAGAGCAAAGAAAAUUAAAAAUUGGACUGCUCCAGGCGACGAUGAACUGCAUGGCUUUUGGCUUAAACACCUAACAAGCCUUCAUAAACAACUAUCAAAACAGUUCAAUCACAUUUUGCAAGGAGGUGAUAUUGAACAAUGGCUAACAACUGGGAAAACUCAUCUCAUCAUGAAAGACCCAGCAAAAGAUGCAGUUCCAAGUAAUUAUAGACCGAUAACCUUCCUGCCAACCAUGUUCAAAUUAUUAACUGGAAUAAUAGCAGAUGAAGUGAUGCAACACUUAUUAAUUAACAAACAGCUUCCAGUUGAACAGAAAGGAAAUUGCCGGAACACCAGAGGCACAAAAGACCAGCUGCUGAUUGACAAAAUGAUUUUAGAAAACUGCAAGAGAAGAAAAACCAAUCUAAGUGUUGCAUGGAUUGACUACAAGAAAGCCUUCGAUUCAUUGCCCACACAUGGAUACUAAAAUGUUUAGAAACAACUGGUGUCAGCAAAAACAUUCAGAUAUUUAUUAAAAAAGCAAUGAGCAUGUGGAGUACACAGUAAACUAUCAAUGGCGAGACACUUGGACAGGUUAGCAUUAGAAGAGGCAUUUUCCAAGGGGAUUCACUAUCCCCUCUGUUGUUUGUAAUCGCCAUGACCCCACUUUCACAAAUACUAAACAAAACAGGCCUCGGAUACCAAACAUGUAAAACAUCAAGUCAAAUCAAUCAUCUGCUGUACAUGGACGAUCUGAAGCUGUAUGGAAAGUCCCAGUCAGAAAUUGAAUCACUGCUAAACACUGUCCGUAUAUUCAGUAGCGAUAUAGCAAUGGAGUUUGGACUAGACAAGUGCUGCAUUAUUAAUGAAAAGAGGAAAAAUAACAAAAACAGAAGGAAUAGAACUACCCAAUGGAAGCAAGAUCAAGAACCUGGAAGAGAAAGAACAUUACUAAUACUUGGACAUUCUCCAGGCUGAUAACAUCGCACACACUGAAGUUAAAAGAAAAAUUGGAAGUGAAUACAUCAGGAGAGUUAGAAAAAUCCUCAAGUCCAAACUCAAUGGUGGGAACACCAUACAAGCCAUAAACACCUGGGCUAUACCUGUUAUCAGAUACACUGCAGGAAUAAUAGACUGGACCCAGGCAUUGCUAGAGACACUAGAUCGUAAGACCAGGAAAAUAAUGACCAUCAAUCAUGCUCUGCACCCCCACAGUGAUGUAGAUAGGCUAUACCUCCCUCGCAGCUCAGGUGGAAGAGGAAUGCUGCAAGUCCAUCAAACCGUAGAGGAGGAGAAAAGAGGUCUUGAAGAAUAUAUCAAGGACAGUGAAGAAGAUGCACUUCAAAUGGUCAAGAACGAAAAACUAUUCAACACCAAUGAAAGAACGAGAAAGAACAAGUCAAGAACUGAGCAGAAAAAUGGAGACAGAAGCCACUGCAUGGUCAAUAUUUGCACAAUAUAAGUGGAAAAUCAGACAUCACCAAGACCUGGCAAUGGCUUAAGAAUGGCAACUUGAAGAAAGAAACAGAGGGUUUAAUAGUGGCUGCACAAGAACAGGCACUAAGAACAAAUGCAAUAAAAGCAAAAGUCAAAAAAUCCACCACAAACAGCAAGUGCUGCCUUUGUAAAGAAGCAGAUGAAAGAGUGCACCACCUAAUCAGCUGUUGUAAAAAGAUCGCACAGACUGACUACAAACAAAGGCAUGACAAGGUAGCAGGGAUGAUACACUGGAACAUCUGCAAAAAAUACAAGCUACCUGUAGCCAAGAAUUGGUGGGACCAUACAAUUGAAAAAAUUGAAGAAAAUGAAGAUGUAAAAAUAUUAUGGGACUUCCGACUACAAACAGACAAACAUCUGCCACACAAUACACCAGAUAUAACUGUAGUCGAGAAGAAAGAAAAACAAGUGAAAAUAAUCGACAUAGCAAUACUAGGGGAUAGCAGAAUAGAAGAAAAAGAAAUAGAAAAAAUCACCAAAUACAAAGAUCUACAAACUGAAAUUGAAAGGCUGUGGCAGAAAAAGACCAAAAUAAUCCCAGUGGUAAUUAGAGCCCUGGGUGCAGUUCCAAAAGACCUUGAAGAGCACCUCAACCCCAUAGGGGCCACAGAAAUCACCAUCAGCCAAUUACAAAAAGCAGCUUUACUGGGAACAGCCUAUAUUCUGCGACGAUAUCUAUAACAGCAACAACAUUGACAAUAAAAUUCAGCCAUCCCAAGUCCUUGGGAAGGACUCGAUGUCUGGAUAAAACAAACCAGUCAAUAUCACCUGUCUGACUGUGUAAAUAAAUAAAUAAAUAAAUAAAUAUUAUAAUAAUAAAUCAAAAACUGUGUUCUACCCGAAUUUGGGAGCUCUGUGUGCUCCCAGUUUUUGGUAGUGUGGAAGCAUGAUUGGCGGAAAACCUGGGUAUCUUUUCCUCCUACCUUGCUUCCACACAAUCACUGCUACCCAGGUUUUCCUCUUAAUUUGCUUCCACACAACCAAAAAUUGGGAGCGCACACAGUAGAACACAAUUUUUGAUUGUGUAAAUGAUCUCUCUGAAUAGUUGAUGUGUUAGAAAGUGACAGGUAGCCAUAAAUAUUCUUCUGACCUUCCCUAUGCUACCAAACCACUCAAGCCCCACAGUUGCCUAGUUUGAGAACUGAACCUUAAAACUAAAGUUGUAGCACAAUUUAUUGUCCAGGUGGACUAGGGAGAAACAAGAAAGUGAUACGAAAGAGGCUCCCUCUUCUAUGGUGUGCACACUUUCCUUCAAAAAGAAAAAGAAAAAUUCAAAAAUUCAAAAUAUCAAAACAUACAGACCUAUUGGCCUGCAUCAUAAAUUGUGUUAGCUAAAUAUUCACAUCGUCGAUAGCACUUCUGAGCAUACAAAUUCACAUAGAUACCCACAUUUGGUAGAAUAUUUGUUAUCCAGCACUCUUUCCUUUUGUCCCACUGUCGCCACUGGUCAAACAAUCUCUGCAGGGUGUAUGUGUGGUGUUUGUUUUUAAGCACUACAAAAAGCUGCCAAAUUGUUUGUCAGAGGUAUAGUAGAGUGUGGGAUAAAUGCACACACGAUGCCCAAUGCGAAUGAUGGCUUUCAUACCACCUUGAACUCUGGAACUGCGAAUGGUCUGAAAUCUUGAUUUCUUGUUCUGUGGUUCCAGACUUCUUUAUAAAAUAUUGGGCCUUCAGCGACUAUUCAUAUUCAGUUUGCAUUCUUUUUACUCAGUUUAUCUCCCCACCGGCUUCUGUUCUUUUGUAUUCUGCAAGAGAAGUAGCAAAAGGCAUGAUUUACUUUGCAAGGCACAGGAAAGGCUUAACUUUCCUUCUGAUGUUUCAGAUUUACACAGCCCUGCUUUGAUCUGCCUAUUUGCCAAACCAUUUUAAUGAUGGCUGAGCAGCCUCUGGGAUGGCAUAAAGUAUUUCUCAGCUGUCAAGUGUGCAGGCCACAAUAUAUAGCCCAUUACAAUACGUGCUGCUGAUUAAACUAGGCAGUUCUGUCUGUGCAGAAGUGUGUGGUGCUAAAAGGAAACAGGAAACCAACUAGUAGGCAUUUAAUGAUCACUCUUUAUAUGAGAGAGAGAGCAAGCUGCCAUGCUUAAAAGUAAUAAAGCAGUCACCAGGAAUAGGAAUAUGAUGGAUAUUUAUAUCCCGCUUUUAAACAGAAGUUCCCGCAGCAGUUUACAUAGAUAUAAAUAAAUAACUGGCUCACAUAAACUGUCCCCAAAGAAUCUAAAAAAGAAACAUAAGAUAGACAUCAGCAACAGCCACUGAAGGGAUGCUGUGCUGGGGAUGGAUAGGGCCAGUUGCUCUCCCCCUUCUCAAUAAAGAGAAUCACCACUUUUUAAAAGGCACCCUUGUUCUCAGUUAGUAGGGGAUAUUGGAAUGGGACACAAAAAGCCCAGCAAAGGGGUUCCCAACCUGUGGUACUCCAGAUGUUGCUGAACUACGAAUCCCAUCAUCCCCAGCUACAAUUCAUUGUGGCUGGAGAUGAUGCGGGUUGUAGUUCAGCAAUACCUGGAGUACCACAGGUUAGAACCCCUGCCUUAGGGCAUGAGGUGACGGUACAUGGUGCAGCAGCCUUGUUGAAGCAGAUCUAGGUUUGGUUAGUGACCAAGAGAGAGACACCUGGGAACCCCAGCCAGGUGGGAACCUGGGAACCCCAGCCAAGUUCAGGUUACCUUGAACUCCCUGGUGGGAAGGAGAUUAAUGAAAGACACAAGGCCUGUUGAAGAGGUUCCAUCUCGUGCUCUGGGUCUUGAGUCUCUAGAAGGCUGCUCUGGGAAGACAGAAGACCCACUAGUGCAGUAUAAGAGGUUCGAAUAGGAAAUCUGGGGGACCUUGAUUUGAACUUUUUGUGGGAGGGAGCAGAAAAAAGGUAGUGUAAGAUCUGAAAUGAAGAGCUUCACCUUGGAGCUAGAUAGGGUGGAACUAAGAAUCUGAGGGAGCUCCUCCCACUCCACGGGGGUCUCUGAAGAAUUCCAGUUGGCUCUGUCUAGGGACAAGUGGAGAGGAGCGACCUGUUUCUUGAUGCAUGCCUUCACUGCUGGAGAAUGUACAUCUUCAUAGGUCCCUCUGGAUCCCAUUGCAAAUAUUUUGGUGGACUGGAUUUGUGUCUCGGUCAUUGAUCAAUUCAGGAAUCAGCAGCCCAAAGGAAAACGCUUCUCUGCAUUUUUAUUUUUGUCAAAUGCUUGAAAUACAAGGGGAAUAAAAACCAAGUAUUAUCCAUACAACCAAUCUGUGUGGAAUAGAAAUGCCCCUAAGAAACUUAACCUGAAAAAGAGAAAGCAGUCAGGAUUUAAUAAAACCACUGAAGUGGAAAUGCACAAACUAUGUUUGUGGAAAUAGUCCUAACCAAAUACUCUACUCCAGAACAAGUGGGUUGUGACUCCAUAGUCAUAUCUGCCACUAAAAGUUAGUUUCUGUUUUCAUAUACAAAAGCGUAAGGUACACUUGGAUGCAAGAUGUGUAUUGUAGAGUUUACAGAUGUCGUGCUAUAUGGGGUUUUUUUGGUGGGGGGAGGAGUUGUGUGCCCCCCACUCUUUUGUCCAUUGCUACAUUAUAGUUAGCUUAACCUGGGCUGAAACCAGUGUCUUCCUCAGAAAAAACAAUGACACUCAAUGACUUUACAGUAUGACUUGGGUGCUAAAGUUUCAGUUGUCUCAAAAGAAAAGUUGUAUGCACAUUUAAAGCCACUCUUAACUGUGACUUAGAGUGAGGAGGAGGAGAAAACACCCAAACGACUGCAUGUGAAGCUGGAGGGGAUCCCCCAAACCACAUAAUGACAAUUUUCAAAAUGACACACUAUCUGCUUCAGCUACUUAAUUGUUCUACCCCCUAAAUCACAUAAACAUUCCAUUUCAAUUAAGCCCACUCUAAAACUUCAGAAUAAAACUAUUGGUGGUGGUUCUGUUUUGUCCCCCCCACCCUUUAUUCUUGAGCCAUUGAUCACAUUUUCACAUUCUUUAAAAAAUAAAAUAAAAUUGUGUAACAAACCUCAGGUGGGCUCUUUGCACAUUUGUCAGAAAGAGCACAACCUUGUUUCAGAGUGGCGCAUUUUUAGCCAAAUGAUAGCUAUAAAAAUAGGUGUUUUAAAGUGACCUUUUAUCUUUUUAGAAACGGGGGAAAGUACUACUGAUCUUUUUCAAACAAAGUGCAUGACUGUAAAGUGAUAAAAUUGUAUAUUUUUCAUAAUGUGGGGGAAGAGCCUAUUUGUGCUGCUUUUGGAAAUCAGUAUGAAAUGUUGAUUUCUGUUAAACCUGUGAUCUUACUGCCCCCACUAUAUUUUCUGUAUAUGACUGACAAAUAGAACUGGAAUAAAUUCGCACCUGUGCUCAUGUAUAUAAGCAAUGUCUUUAGAUCUUAGCACAUGUUUAUACCUUUUAUUGAAUCACUUUGCUUGGGGGAAGGGAAGAAAAAAAUGUAAGCAGAUUUUUUUGAUAAGUGUGUAAAACCUUCAUUUGAAAUAUUUUAGUAAAAAUUAAGUAAGAAAUUGUGAUAGUGUAUACAUUCAGUUGAAGAAAAUAAAGUACAUUCUUUGUAAGUGA